AUGUCUUUAACAACCAUUUUCUUGUUCUUUCUCUUCUUUACUACUGUUGUUUCAGACACUGAGAAGACAUCGGUCUACGAUGAGCUUCAACGCUAUGACUUCCCUAUCGGCAUUCUUCCUAAAGGUGUGAUAGCCUACGAGUUGAACUCGAUGACAGGUGAGUUCUCGGUGUAUCUCAGUGGCUCGUGUAGGUUCAUGUUGAGUUCGUACGAGCUACAUUACGCGCCUGUGAUCAACGGAGUUAUAUCGAAAGGAAGGCUUAGGAAAGUAAGUGGUGUUAGUGUUAAGGUUGUGUUGUUAUGUUGGCUUAACAUUGUUGAGGUUAAGAGGAUUUGUGACGAUCUGCAAUUCUCAGUUGGAUUUACUUCUGCAAAUUUUCCUAUUAGGAGCUUUGAGAAAUCGCCUCGUUGCGAAUGUGGGUUGCGUUGUAUUCACGAGGAUGAAGGGGAGCUCGGACAAAAGCUCCCCGUGUCUUCCUCGUAG